GAUGGUGGCACGGGCCACGUGACGGGGGGCGGGGUGACGGCGCGUCCCGCACCUCUUGGAGGGAAUUAGCUUCCGAGGCCGAGAAGGGAGGGGAUUCGGCCUCGGGCGGGUGGGGGGCGUGACAUGUCUCUCGAAGAUCCUUUUUUUGUAGUCCGAGGGUGAGUGACAGCGAUGCGGGAGGACACGGGGUAUUGUGUCCCCUUGUCAACCAGUGCCCGCGUGCCAGCCGGUGCAUGUCAGGCAUUCUGGGCACCGCCGUCGGGAUCGCCCCGUGGCCAUGUGGGAGGGGUCCGCAGGGGUAUAUGAGGGUCUCCUGAGCUCCCAACCUGUUUGGGGGCGUAAUGGUGGGCCGAAGGACCGCCUGCUCCCCACCCCGCCAGCCGCGCCCGCUGUGCCCCUGCCCGCAGCGAGGUGCAGAAGGCGGUGAACACGGCCCGCGGGCUGUACCAGCGGUGGUGCGAGCUCCUGCAGGAGAGCGCGGUGGUCGGACGCGAGGAGCUGGACUGGACGACCAACGAGCUGCGGAACAGCCUGCGCAGCAUCGAGUGGGACCUCGAAGACCUGGAGGAAACCAUUGUCGCCGCAUACGCAUAGUGGAAGCCAACCCCGGCAAGUUCAAGCUCCCAGCCGGAGACCUGCAGGAAAGAAAGGUGUUUGUGCAGAGGAUGCGGGAAUCAGUGCAGGAAAUGAAGGACCAUAUGGUCAGCCCGGCAGCCGUAACCUUCAUGGAGAGGAAUAACAGGGAGAUGCUGACAGGCAAGCCGGCCACCCUGAAGUCCUCCAGCGACUUGCUGGACGCCAGUGUGGUCUCGACCACCUCUCGCUACAUUGAAGAGCAGCAGGCCACACAGCAGCUGAUCCUGGACCAGCAGGAUCAACAGCUGGAAAUGGUGUCUGGGAGCAUCUCAGUUCUGAAACACAUGUCUGGCCGAGUUGGGGAGGAGCUGGACGAGCAGGGCAUUAUGCUGGACGCCUUUGCUCAGGAGAUGGACCACACCCAGUCCCGGAUGGAUGGGGUCCUUAGGAAGAUGGCCAAAAUAUCCCACAUGACUAGUGACCGCCGACAGUGGUGUGCCAUUGCGGUGCUGCUGGGAGUGCUUCUUCUGGUCCUCGUCCUCUUCUUCUCUCUCUGAUCCCCGUCCUCCCCAGGGGGUGGCCCCUCCAGCUGCAGGGAGCUGGCAGGGCCCUGCCCCCUGGGAGGACAGGGAGGUCAUGCCGGGGGAACUGUCCCAAGGCUCUCAUCUAGAGAGGACCCUCAGGGCCCCGGGCUGGAGCCCCUACCACCAGUCUGGUCUUAAGUGCACUUAGUGGGUGGUGGAGGAGGGGGACCUCAGAAACACCCCUCCCCAUCUCUACUCCCCAAAGCCAUUGCUUUGCCCCUGUGCCUUCUACAUGUGCCAACUUGGAAAUAAAAUCCUACCUUUAUUAUAUGUUUGUAUCA